CACCCACAAACGAUGUAGUAUUAGUAUAGGAGUAGAAAACCCUAUCCCUCUUUUUCGUCUUUCUGAUCUCACUUCUCCGGCGACCUAAGACCUAACGGGGGGAACUCUCUGCUCUCACCCUCUCCGCUCCCGUCGUCGUCCUCCGCCGCAGGCCCCAGACGCUAAAAGGCCUCUCGUUUCUCCAUAGAAGCUACACUUUUGGAAUGGUGGGAUCUGUGAUGUUACAGUAUUCAGUUUCCUUUCCUAGGGUUUAGUACAUGGUUGUGUUGUAAAGGGUCUUGGUGGAGAGUCUUUAGUAUGCACAUAAAGGCUUCAAGCAUAUGAACUUGGGCAUGUUGUUGAAGAAGCAAUUUGGUGUUCUGAUGUAAUAAUUUUGUUUUCACGACAUCCAAGCAAUUUAAUUCCUUAGAUUGGGUUCAGCUUUUCCUUAUUAUUUAUGGAGUGUAAUAAGGAAGAGGCCCUGAGGGCCAGGGAGAUUGCUGAAAAGAAGAUGGAAAGUAAGGAGUUUGCGGUAGCUCGCAAGAUUGCUUUGAAGGCCCAACAACUUUAUCCUGAUGUUGAGAAUAUUUCUCAGUUGCUUAUGGUCUGUGAUGUACAUUGCUCUGCCGAACAUAAAAUAACAGGGGAUGAGAUGGACUGGUAUGGAAUCCUUCAAGUCGAGGAGAAUGCAGAUGAGUCUACAAUUAAGAAGCAAUAUAGGAAGUUUGCUCUCCAACUUCAUCCUGAUAAAAAUAAGUUUGCUGGUGCUGAAGCUGCUUUUAAGCUGAUUGGGGAAGCUCAGAGAAUACUAUUGGACAAAGAUAAGCGCCUCAUGCAUAAUAUGAGACGCAAGUGUUCAAUGAGCAGAAGGGCUGCAACUUAUUUUCCUGCUCGUCAGGUCAAUCGGACCUCAAAUGUGGUUGUGGUUCCACACAGUAGUAGAGGCAACUUCUCUGGUGUGAAUGCUCAUAAUCAGCAGCAGCAACAACCUGUUAAUCUAGGGAACCUAGAUCCCAGAACAACUUUUUGGACUGAAUGCACCUUUUGUUUUGUAAGGUACCAGUACUAUAAAGACGUUCUUAAUAAAUCUCUUCGAUGUAAUAAUUGCCAGAGGUCUUUUGUGGCAUGUGACCUAAAUACACCAGCAGCAGCUAAUUUUAGUAAACCAGUAUUCCCUCAACGAAAAGACAGUACUCAGAAAGUGGAAUCACAUGUCCGUCGAAACUUUGGCACUGGGAGUUUGAAUCCAGAAUCUGUUCAAAAAGCAGGUAAGAAGGCAUCAUCUACUUCACGCGUUGACAGAAGAAAGAUGAAUGACAAAAGAGAAAGGAAACGUGCUCGAGAUAAGAGCGAGCUCUCUGAAUCUGAUGUAUCAGUCUCUGAAAGUAGCAGCGACUCUGAAGAAGAUAUGUCAAUUGAUGAGAACAUGUCUGAAUUUUCUGGAGAGCAAAAUCGACGAAGAUCUUCACGCCAUAAACAACAUGUCUCUUACAAGGAAAAUUUAAGUGAUGAUGAAGGUGGCUAUGUGAGUCCAAAGAGGGCAAAAGGGAAGAAAUUUGAGGGGGAGGAUGUUGAUCAAUCUAAAGAGAAGUCAGCGAAGGUUACAAGUUUGUCUGAUGAUACUACUUCUAAUGGGAAAGUAGAUGAGAAAGGGGUUAAACAAGAAGAAGGUGUACCUAACGGAAACAAGGCCGGUAAGAGUGAAGAGCCUAUAGAAAGUUCUGAAAAUUGUGUUGAUAUUGAUUCAAGCUUGGAGGAGACAUCAGACCAGGAAUUCCAUAAAUAUCUAGAUCCAGAUUUUAAUGACUUUGAAAAGGACAGGAAAGCAGGGUGUUUUGCAGUCGGGCAGAUAUGGGCUGCUUAUGAUGUUUUCAAUGCCAUGCCAAGGUUCUAUGCUCAGAUCAAAAGGAUUUACUCUCCCGGGUUCAAUGUGCUCCUAAACUGGUUAGAGCCAGAGCCAGCUAAUGAGUCCGAAUUAAAAUGGCAAUCUGCAGACAUGCCAUUUUCUUGUGGUAAGUUCAAGUCUGGGGCAACUGAGAAAACAGACAAUCGUCUUAUGUUCUCUCAUCUAGUUUCUUGGGAAAAAGGUAGUCGUAAAAAUAGUUUUUUGAUAUAUCCAAGAAAGGGGGAGAUCUGGGCUCUUUUUAAGGACUGGGAUUUUAACUGGAGUAGUGAUCGAGAUGCACAUCGUCAGUGUGAAUAUGAAUAUGUUGAAAUUUUGUUUGAUUAUGAUGCUGAUGUUGGAAUACAUGUUGCUCUAUUGAGCAAAGUAAAUGGGUUUGUGAGUAUUUUCAGUCGGGUGGAAAUGAUGGGAAAGAAGACAUUUCUUGUUCCCCCAGCUGAGCUAUUGAGGUUUUCCCACAUGAUUCCGUCCUAUAAAAUGAAAGGUACUGAAAGAGGAGUUCCAAUAGGAUCGUUCGAACUUGAUCCUGCUGCUUUGCCUCCAAUUAAAGACAGUGACACACAAAUGAACCAUUCGGUGCCUCAGCAUGACAUGCCAGCUCCAAGCCCACAAAAAGUGGAAAUCCCAGAUCCUGAGUUCUACAACUUUGAUGUUGAUAAAUCCAAAGAUAAGUUUCAGCUGGGUCAGAUCUGGGCAUUGUAUAGUGAUGAGGAUGGUUUGCCAAAAUACUAUGGUCAGAUUAAGAAAAUUGAUUUUCACCCAUCUCUCAAACUGCAUAUUUCAUGGCUUUCAUCUAUCGCCUUCUCAAGCAUUACUAGAUGGUCUGAUGAGGACAUGCCUGUUUCUUGCGGUAGAUUUAAGGUUUCAAAGGAGGGUCAGGCUUACGACGAUGUAACUUCUUUUUCGCAUCUAGUAAAAGCAGAGCCUACAGGUAGACGAAAUGAGUAUGACAUUCUCCCUGGGAAAGGUGAAAUUUGGGCAUUGUACAGGAACUGGAAUCCCAACCUCAACUCUAGUGAUUUGGAAAACUGUGAAUAUGACAUAGUGGAAGUUCUUUCAGCUACUGUUUUACUAAUAAAUGUUUUAGUUCUGGAACGUGUGGAUGGUUUUAGCUCAGUAUUUAAGACUCACAAGGAGGGAGGAUCAGCUAUUACAUGGAGUGUUCCCCAGGUUGAUUUUUUCAAGUUCUCUCACCAAGUUCCUGCCUUCCGUCUCACCGAGGAGAGAGGUGGCAAGUAUAGAGGCUUCCUUGAACUUGAUACCGCCGCCUUGCCAGUCCACUUUUUUUGUUAAACCUAGAUCCAGAAGCUUCUUAUAAAAAGGUGCACUACUUGAUACAAAAGAUUUCUGCACUAUGCAAUUUCUUAUUUGGAUCCAUGGUUUAGCUAGUUGCAUUCCAGAGAAAGUAGGAUCUUUGCACUUUUUUUUGUUGCAACUAAUGGUUUAUGUAUUGAUCCUUGAUAUUUCUUUGUGAAAGCCCCAAGUUCCAUUUAUUUAAAAGUUAAAACUCUGGUUUUUAUAUUUUUGCGUUCAAGAACUUUCUUUUCUUGGUUAACUCAUAAAUGUAUGAAGUAGAUUUUAACA